CUAUCCGGUGUUGGAUUGUGAGGUUUAAUUAUAUCCUAAACUAAAUUAUAAAAGGAAAAUUACGGGAUGAGAUUGGAGAAAUAGACGUGAAAUUUGGGGUUAAUUUUGAAAGUUACUUAAAAUAUAAGACCUAAACGAGUAAAAAACAAAACAACAAUGGCACCAUAGCAAAAACCUCAAAGAAACCAAAGAGAAAGCCGCAGAAAAGAAUGGUGCCACACUUCUAAAAUAUUUCACUGACUCCCAAGUUAACGAAAAGCUCCUGAGGUUCACAGAUUUGGGAGGCUUUAGCCUUUGAAUCUCGGCCUGACUACUAUUUCUGGGUCUUUCAAAAGAGAAACAUGUCAGACCUAGACAGGCAAAUAGAGCAACUAAAGAAGUGUGAACCCUUGAAAGAAUCUGAAGUGAAAGCUCUUUGUCUUAAAGCCAUGGAAAUCCUCGUUGAAGAAAGUAAUGUUCAAAGGGUUGAUGCCCCUGUUACUAUAUGUGGUGAUAUCCAUGGGCAGUUUUAUGAUAUGAAAGAGCUUUUUAAAGUAGGAGGUGAUUGCCCUAAGACAAAUUAUUUGUUUCUUGGAGAUUUUGUUGACAGAGGGUUUUACUCUGUGGAGACCUUUCUACUUCUAUUGGCCUUGAAGGUGAGAUAUCCAGAUCGCAUAACACUCAUUAGAGGGAACCAUGAAAGUCGUCAGAUCACACAGGUAUAUGGAUUCUAUGAUGAGUGUCUGCGUAAAUAUGGCUCUGUGAAUGUUUGGAGAUAUUGCACUGACAUAUUUGAUUACUUAAGUCUUUCAGCCCUUAUUGAGAACAAAAUUUUUAGCGUCCAUGGUGGUCUCUCUCCUGCAAUAUCUAAUUUGGAUCAGAUUCGAACAAUUGAUCGAAAGCAAGAAGUACCUCAUGAUGGUGCCAUGUGUGACCUGUUGUGGUCAGACCCUGAGGAUAUUGUUGAUGGCUGGGGAUUGAGUCCUCGUGGUGCUGGUUUCCUGUUUGGCGGCAGUGUUGUCACUUCAUUCAACCACACAAACAACAUUGAUUAUAUAUGCCGUGCACAUCAGUUGGUUAUGGAAGGAUACAAAUGGAUGUUUAAUAACCAGAUUGUCACAGUCUGGUCAGCUCCCAAUUACUGUUACAGAUGUGGUAAUGUUGCUGCAAUUCUUGAGCUGGAUGAGAAUCUUAACAAGCAAUUUCGUGUGUUUGAUGCAGCACCACAGGAAUCAAGAGUUGCUUCUGGUGCUUCUGCUAAUUUGAGUAUGGACUGGAGGUAUUCUUACAAAACUUGGCUAGUCCCUAUUGCUAUUUCUGAUCGAGGAACUGCUACUGUUCAGGUUCAAGGUGUGGUAAUCUGGCUUAAUGCAGCUAUAAUAAACCAAGAAGGAACUCUCAAGCUAUUGUUACUGUACUGUGGAUGUCAUGUGAAAGAUAUCUCCAUAAAUGUGGAUGGUGGAGCGUCUUGGCUUUAUCAAUGGAUCAUUGAUACUUUCCAAGGGAAAAUAGUAUCUGCAGUUGAUGAUGCUAUUAUCAAGAAGAUCAGAGAAGGGAUAAUAAAGCUUGACUCAUUAUUGCAAUCACUUCCCAAACAAAUGAAAGUUAAUGAUGUUGUUGCAUUAAAUGUUACUUUUGUGGAUGACCCCGUGUUGAGUACUUCUUCUGUGGAGCUUGAAAUUAAUGGUUUAUUCAAUGGAGCAGAUGGAAUUUCAGUUUCAAACUACCACCUUAAAGGAUCACAAAGUUUCCUUUCCAGCAAGGGUUCAGCAAAAAUGGUUGAGAUUUCAUUACAUGAAAAAGUUUUUGAGUCUGCUGCAUCGGUAUACUUCCAUGCAAAUUAUAUGCAAUGGACCGUAGACAAAAUACCUGAUCAGUCACUGAUGAACACUGCUGGAUGGAGAUUUAUUAUACCUCAACUAUAUAAGCAAUAUCCAGACGAUGAUAUGAAUCUUAGUAUAGCAGUAACUUCUCCUCCGAUCAUACGAAUCUCAGAUCAUGAUAUUGACACCACCAUUUAUGCAGAUUUCAUUAUUGAAGUUUUAAAUUCUGGUGAAACUGUGCCAGUCACUUGCAUCUCAUUGGUGAUGAGUGCAUCAUGUUCUGCAAAAAUAUAUAGGAAUAACCUUGCCGGUAGCAUUAGGCUGCUCAACUUCACAGCAUCUUUGAAGUGGAGUAAUAUCGGUAAUCUUCACAUGCAUCUUGUUCAGAUUAUGCAUUCAAUACGUUGUUUCGAGUAUAAACAUGCAUGGAAGCACCUUCGAAACAUAGUCCAACCAUACGGAGCAAGAUUAUACGAAAAAAUGUUGAGACAUGUUCAUGCUGUAAUGUCAACCAUCCUCAAAACCUUUUUCAUGCCAUACCUCAACUUACAUCUUAGAAGAGGGUUUCCUUUGCCACUUCCCCAUGGUUUUACACUUCAGAAUGCUGAAAUCAUCCGCCUUGAUUCGAGGGUUACUGUUCGCAGCGAUUUGAGCUUCUCAGACAGAUAUGAUUCAUAUGAUCUCAACCGGCUACCAAUUCAUUUGGUAACAGCUUGAUGUGCAUACUAAAAUCAACUGUGUUAAUUGUUAUGUACAUAAUUAUGUCCAAAUGAAAGCUGAAAUAUCAUAUUUUCAUAGUAUAUCUCUUUAUUAUGUUUAAGUUUUGUAGGUUUUUUGGUUGUACUUAACAACUUUGUAUUUUUCGUUAAAGGGUUGAGAAAAAAAAUAAAAAAAAUCAAAAAUCGAUUCUCGUAGUGUUCAUUCAG